GACCCUAAACCAAGCAACUUUGACUAUCUAUCUGAAUUGGGCAGCCCUACUUGUUAGAUAUCUAUGCGACGCUUUUCAUCUUCGCCGACGGAGAAUGACGGAAAUGGAGUUUCAGCAACAAGCAAUUUUGACAAUCUUUCUGAAAUGGGCAGCCGAGCAUGGAGUCUCAGAUUCUCCUUCUUCUUAUGUAUCGUCUUCGUGUCUGGGUCAUUCUCUCUGUAUCUCUAAUUUUCCUGAAGCUGGCGGGAGGGGAUUGGCAGCUGUACGUGAACUUAAAAAAGGGGAAUUGAUUCUCAGAGUUCCUAAAUCAGCAUUAAUGACUAGUGAUAGUGUACUUGACAAAGAUCAUGAAAUUGCUCAUGCUUUCAAUCUUCAUCGUAAACUCUCCUCUACCCAGGUGCUUACUGUUUGUCUUUUAGCCGAAAUGAACAAAGGAAGGAGAUCUGCAUGGUAUCCUUAUUUGAUGCAGCUUCCUAGAAGUUGUGACAUCCUAGCAAGUUUUGGUCCGUUUGAGACAAAAGCAUUGCAAGUAGAAGAUGCUAUUUGGGUAACAGAGAAGGUUAUAUCAAAGGCUGAUUCAGAUUGGAGGGAAGCUAUUAUACUGCUAAAACAUCUGGAAUUGAAGCCGCAGCUUGUGACAUUUAAGGCUUGGCUCUGGGCUUCUGCAAUGAUAUCGACACGCACAUUGCAUGUACCAUGGGAUAGUGCCGGGUGCUUGUGUCCUGUGGGAGACUUUUUCAAUUACGCUGCACCUGGAGACGAGUUAGCUGCUACCGGAAUUUCUUCAAACGUGCUUGAUGACGCGGAGGAUCCAUUCGUAGAUACCGAAAAUUCUGAUUGCUCCAGCAGGUUAAUUGAUGGUGGUUAUGAGGAAGAUCUGGCUGCAUAUUGUUUUUAUGCUAAGAAAAACUACAGACUGGGUGAGCAGGUUUUAUUAAGCUAUGGGACAUACACAAACUUGGAACUACUUGAACAUUAUGGGUUUCUUUUGAAUAGAAAUCCAAAUGACAAGGUUAUUAUACCUUUAGAAAAUGAUAUAUUCGCUUGCCAUUCAUGGCCUGCAGAUUCUCUGUACAUUCAGCAUGAUGGGAAACCUUCUUUUGCCCUGUUAUCUGCAUUAAGAUUGUGGAAAACUCCGCAAAAUCAGCGAAAAUUAGUUGGAUACCUUGCACUUUCUGGCUUACAGCUAUCAACGGAAAAUGAGACAAUUGUGAUGAAAUGGUUGGUAUCAAAUGGUCAGGCUAUUCUUAGAAAUCUCCCCUCAACAAUUGAAGAUGACCAAUCACUACUUGGUGCAAUUGACAAGGCUCAACAGAUUCAGUCUUUUGAGAAGCCAAAAACUCUUCCAAGUGCAGCGGCCAUGGAAUUCUGCAAAUUUUUGGAGUGUAUGGAGACGUGCUAUGGAGCAAGUGAAGUCGUGUUGGCCCCAUCUUUAAAGGUCAAGAGGUCUAUAGAGAGAUGGAAAUUGGCCGUUCAAUGGAGGCUCCGCUACAAGCAGACGCUUCUUGAUUGUAUUUCUUAUUGCUCUCAUACGAUUGCUUCACUCUCCCCUGAAAAUGGCACAAACUGUAGGACUAUACAGGAUCAAAUUCUCCCCUGAAGACUAGGACAGUCUUACUCUUGAGCUGUAUUAAUAGUUUUGUUUGAGGGAUCGGUUCAUGAUGUCGACAUGUCUUCCUGCACUCCCCUAUUCAACUUGGAACACAAUCCCAGCAAUUGGUUGUUUUAGCCGUCCAUUUUGUGUUGUAGACUGUAAAUCAUAAUUACAGCCAUCCAUUUCAUAAUGCCUCAUUUCACUCCUGCUUUAUUUAUUAGAUAUGACUGUAGACUGCUACACUUAAUUUGGUUUCGUUUAUUUUCACUUGUAAGUUGCAAGUUGUAUUGCUCACAUAAAUGGAAGUUGUGAAUUAUUAGGACUUUGCCAGUUUAACAAA